AAAUUGAUAGUGAAAAGUUUCGAACGUAUUGCGCUACGCUCUGGGGUUGCUUAAUGGCGAAGGUUAACAUUUGUAAUGUUGAGGUUUUGGACAACCCUGCUUCAUUCUUUGAUCCAUUUAAGUUCCGUAUAACAUUUGAGUGUCAUGAACCUCUAGAUGAUGAUCUAGAAUGGAAGUUAGUGUAUGUUAGCAGUGCCUACAACCCAGCUUUAGACCAGACAUUGGAUUCCAUCUUAGUUGGUCCAAUUCCAGUUGGUCGUCAUCAAUUUUCUUUUGAGGCUAAUGCUCCUGAUCCAAAAAUAAUUCCUAAUGAAGACAUUGUUGGCGUAACAGUUGUGCUUAUACAAGCUUUGUACAGAGAUAAAGAAUUUAUACGUGUUGGUUAUUAUGUUAACAAUGAGUACAAAACAGAAGAAUUACGUCUUGAACCGCCGGCUGAACCUUUACUUAACGAACUGGAACGACAUAUAAUAGCUUCAGACCCUCGUGUUACUCGCUUUCCAAUUGACUGGGGUGAUGGUCUCUUAGAUGGGUGCCCAGAACCAGAACAGCCUACAGAAGAUAACGAAGAGUCUAAUUUACUGGGUAAUGAAGAACAAGUGGAAAAUAUUUCUCAACUGGAUCAGGAAAAUGAGGAUCAAAAUAAUAAAUUGGAGCCAUCUAGUUUUUGUGAAGGUCAGUCUGGUGUACAGUUUAUAGAAAAUACAUCGUGUAUGCCGCUCCAUCCUGUCCAGUCAUCAAAUGUUCCUGUCGACACUUUCUGAACUCCUUGAUAAACAUUACUCUCAAGAUUGCAUUUUAUCAUAAACUUUUAUAUCAGAAUGUAUCACACGUCUAUGGUGAUGUUGCUGUUGAAUGUUCAACUUGCUAUACUAGAUGUCGAGGACAGAAGCAACGGCAUGGACCUAAUUAUCAAAACUCAUCACGGCUUUAGUCAGUGUAACUGAUUAACGUUCGGCUCAAAACCAACUGUGAUUAGUGGAUACAAUGUUGUAGAAUUGUGAAGGGUUCGGUAGCUUGUCUGGAUAACACUAAUUGUUGGUCCCACUCCAAAUUAAUGGAUGAUUCGUUUAGAUGUUGUGCUCACAUAAUGUCUCAUUCUGGUUUUAACCUACAGGAAUAUAAAUUUGGAUUUUCCCGUGAGUCUUUUAAGUGUCUUGAAUCUAUUUUUUUACAAAAGAGGUCAUCCAGCAGGUUUGUAUAAUACAGAUUCUAUUAAACAGAUAUCAGUGCCUACACUACGGUCAUUUCUUCGGAUGAUUGGAUCUUGCAGUGUUUCUGUAAAUUCUGUGAAUAGAUUGCAUCAUCUAUUGAAUCAAUAUUUGACCACCAAUUCAACAUGGAAUCAAUCUAAACAGUCAGAAUCUCUUAGAUGAAUUAAGAAAAAUUUCAUCUGAACAUUCUCCAUUAACUCAUUUUAGUCCAAAGUUUGAAAUAAUGGUGCACAUUGAUACCCAUGAUUAUUAGUGCGGUGAUCAGUCAUCGUUUUUUGUAUGAGUUCUAUUUUUUCCGAAAUUUCCGUCGCCACUGAUAUGUCUUGUCGAUUGGACGCUACUUGUUAUAUCUGGUCGUCGCUGAUUGUUAUGUCGGAAUCGCUUAUCACUUAUACUUGUAAAACCGAGGAACCACUGCGAUUCCCACGUCGCGAAAGUAAGAACACAAAGACUGGUAUAAGUGAAGAUUUAUUAACCCCCAAAACACGACUGCCCUAGGUGAAAAUACACUCAUUUAUAUAUUAAUUCAUAUACUUAUUUUUGAUUAAUAAUUAGAAUAAAAUCACAUAUAUAAAUAAUACCCAGAGUUAUAACAAAU